GCUUGGUGAAGAAAAUCAGAAAAUCCCUCCAAGGUUUAUUCAAUCGCUUCCAGGAAACUGGCCAAAGAAUUGGUCACUUCGUGACCGUUAUAACAAUUUGUGGAAUGUGAAAGUGGAAAUGAUUGGUGGGGAUUGGUACUUCAGAGAUGGUUGGGCAAAAUUUGCUGAUGAUAAUAAGAUAAAAGGAGGGGAUAUGUUCAUAUAUGAAUAUUUCUCUCACGGUUUACUCGACUUCAAAAUUCAUGGAGGCAAUGCUUGCUUAACUGAAGGUGCCGGAGGUCGGAUUACUCAUACACCUGAUUAUGAUCCUAUCGGUGAAGUAGACACACAUGAGAAUCAUGACGAUAAUUACGGUCAUGAUUCCCCGCCCGAAGAAGAGAAUAAUCCAAGGGAUGAUGAUAUUCAAGGGGAGCGGGUCACGGAUGGUGUGGCCAGUUCUAGCAUAGCAACCCGUCGCCGCGACUGGUACGGUGCAGAGCUCAUGAAAACCGGGUUCAUUCCACCGCCCCGGAAUCCUUAUUUCGUGACCAAAAAACGAAGAGGCAGAGUUUAUGAAUUAUAUAUACCCGUGGAUGUGAUCAAAUGCUUCAACCUGAAUCUCCCUGAGAAUGUGACGCUCAUCGACCCAAAAGGAAGGCAGUUUCCUGCCAAACGCAAGAUGUGGGCGGACCAGAGGAUUUUCUACAUUGGAGGCUGGAAAAGCCUUUGUAGUGAGAACUUGGUGGAAGACAAAGACUCGUGCAUCUGCGAGUUCUUGUAUAACGCCGACAAUCUAUGCAUCAGCGUAAGCUUCUUUCCCCCAAAAUAGCAGCAAUGCUUGAAUGGAGGAGUGGAUUAUAUUCGUAUUGAGAUCACAUUUGUAUAGUUUCAGAGGCAUUGUUAAGCAUCUGAGUUAUUCUUUGUAGUAUAUGAUUUUAGGGAGUAUUUGUUAUUCCAAUCAAUAAAAUGGUGCGAUUUUACCACCAA